GGGCCAAACUGCCGAAUCUAAGAAAAAUGGGCUCCUUCUUUCUUUUCAACCCUAGCUACUACCACCCCUUCGAAUCUUUUAUCGCAGAAACUAUUUUCUUUCACCAAAGCUUCACGCCGGAGCUCCAAACGGUGGUCGUGGGUUGCCGCCGUACAGUCACCGUUACGGCAAGGCAGUUGCUGCCGCGACAGCGUUUUGUUGCCGCCGUGACACGUGAUUUCUAUUACCACCAUUAUAUCGUUCUGUAACGGUAACAACACUGAGCAGAGAGUGAGUAGCAUGUCUUGCGCCACCUUCAAUGCUGGAACCUCUCUGAAUCUCCACAAGCAUGAUGGAGUUUCUAAGCCACUUCGUUCCAGCCACCACCACUGUGUUUUCCGCAACUCUUCUUCCCUCUUCACUCGCACCUUCAAUUUGAGAUUCACUCAUCACAGUGUUACUCGAGUUACACGCUCACGCAAUGCUUUCAAAUGUGCUCUUGACAAUUCUGUCAGCAUUGACACCAACAACAACAAUUCUCAGAAGGUAGUUGUUUUGGUUAUUGGUGGAGGGGGACGUGAACACGCACUCUGCUACGCGUUGCAGCGAUCACCAUCCUGCGAUGCUGUGUUUUGUGCUCCAGGCAAUGCAGGAAUUUCCAGCUCGGGAAAUGCCACUUGCAUCCCUGACCUUGAUGUUACUGAUGGGGCAGCGGUAGUCUCAUUUUGUCGGAAAUGGGGGGUGGGACUCGUUGUUAUCGGACCGGAGGCUCCUCUUGUUGCAGGUCUUGCUAAUUAUUUAGGUAAAGCUGGAAUCCCAGCCUUUGGUCCUUCUGCAGAAGCUGCUGCUCUUGAAGGUUCUAAGAAUUUCAUGAAGAGUUUGUGUGACAAGUAUGAUAUUCCAACUGCCAAGUACAAAACGUUUACAGACCCAGCUGCUGCAAAGCAAUAUAUUCAAGAACAAGGAGCACCGAUUGUUAUCAAAGCCGAUGGAUUGGCUGCUGGAAAGGGAGUUACUGUUGCCAUGACACUGGAAGAAGCAUUUGAAGCCGUUGAUUUGAUGCUUGUGAAGGGUGAUUUUGGUUCUGCAGGUUCUCGCGUGAUCAUUGAGGAAUUUCUAGAAGGAGAAGAAGUGUCUUUUUUUGCAUUGGUUGAUGGAGAAAAUGCAAUUCCACUAGAAUCUGCUCAAGACCAUAAGCGUGUUGGUGAUGGUGACACAGGACCAAAUACUGGUGGGAUGGGUGCAUACUCACCAGCCCCUAUAUUAACCAAGGAACUUCAAUCUAUAGUUAUGGAUUCCAUUGUCAUGCCAACAGUAAAAGGAAUGUCAGCUGAAGGUUGCAAGUUUGUUGGGGUUUUGUAUGCUGGGCUUAUGAUUGAGAAGAAGUCUGGCAUGCCUAAGUUAAUUGAGUAUAAUGUGCGAUUUGGUGAUCCAGAGUGUCAGGUCUUGAUGGUUCGGUUGGAGUCUGAUUUGGCACAAGUUCUGCUUGCGGCUUGCAGAGGAGAGUUGAAUGGGGUAUCACUAAACUGGUCUCGUGGAUCUGCCAUGGUUGUGGUAAUGGCAAGUAAGGGAUAUCCUGGAUCAUAUGAGAAGGGAACUUUGAUUGAAAACCUUGAAGAGGCUGAGCUUGUUGCUCCUGGUAUCAAGAUAUUCCAUGCUGGGACUGCAUUUGACUCUGAAAAAAGAUUUAUUGCAACCGGGGGCCGUGUUCUUGGUGUGACUGCCAAGGGAAAUGAUCUCGAAGAGGCACGGGAUCUAGCUUAUAGAGCUGUUGAGAAUAUUAACUGGCCAGGGGGCUUCUAUCGUCGGGAUAUUGGUUGGAGAGCCCUUCCCCAGAAACAAUAUACUACUAAGGGGUAAACUAACUGUGACAACGUCAGUGAUAGAUGUCAAUGGUCAGUAGUGGUAAAUCUCCAAACACAAGAACAUCUCCAAGGUAAGUGGGGGUUUCCAUAGCUGAUGAAUCUUUGUACUUUUUUUGGAUUGCUAAUGUUAUUACAUCAUGAGCCAUGAUGGGGAACCUCAAAUAUUUCCCAUGCCACUCCCCUGCGAAUAACUUAUCUCCUCAAAUAAAAGUUAAACUAAUAUAAAGAUAGGGGAUGUAGGGUCAUUUACACUAAGGUCUUCCCCCUCGAGUGUGAAACAAAUCCUUCUUUCAUGUACUAAGAAUUGUUUAUUAAUUGACCUAUCCAUUGUGGGUGUAUUUCCUCUGUUUCUUCUUGAUUCUGGGGUAGCUACUACACUUACAAUAAGGCUAUAAAAAGAGAGGGACUGAUGCCAGCGGCUGCUAAUGUACUUGUCAAUUUGUUUUGUUCA